AUGGACUCUCGAGGACGGCCUGGACCUCGGCAUCUACAAGGCAACAUUGGUUGGGUAGCUAGGGCAGGCGCCUAUCCAGAAGAAACUCAAGAGCGGAAAAACGGUUACGUUGCUGUCCUGGCAUCGGUUUCCGUCUACCAGGAGAGGCUGGAUGACCUCGCCCCCAAGAAUUUUGUCCCUGGCUCGAUCCUGUACGUGGAAGGAAAUCUGGAGUCAAAGGUUCUUGCUGUCUCCAAACAUCUCGGCAUAUGGGACCUCGCCCACGACCACAGUUCCAUAAGAGAAAUUGUUCGACCUCACAUAGUAUUUGGUGGAGUUUUUCUUGUAGACGACUUAGCCAUUUCACUGCCUCCGAACGGCCACCUCUUGAAUCCGCCGGACGAGGCCCGUGAUGGGGUCAUUGAAGGCCUUCGACUCCAGAUUCCCUUCCACGUACAGGAUCGGGCCAGGGACGAAAUUCUUGGCAGCGAGGUCACCCAGCCUCUCCGGGUAGACGGAAACCCGAUGCCACUGCACGUUAUAGCGGUUAGCGUACUCCCUCGGGUCCUCGUUAUCCAGCGGACGCUAGUUGUUCCAAAUGCCUCCGGUUCCCACGAACAGCAGCGUGACUAUUUUGCCGCUCUUGAGUUUCUUCUGAAUAGGCACCUGCCCUAG